AUGAAUACGCCACUUUUGUACGUCGCUUCUGUAUUUGAAGCAUUUCGUGAUCAACAUGAAAAAUUUGAUGAGUUUUUGAAGAUCAUGGUGUUUGCUAUCGCUAAUAGAAUCAAUGAAGCUGGUACCAUUGCAAUGAUGACUCAACUCAUGGAAGAGCACCCAAGGCUACUUCUUGGUUUACGUGUCCUCAUUAUGGAGGCUAAGAUAACCGUCCCUCGCGAGGUUGAGCAAGCUGGAAGAGAACUUCUUGAGCCUCAUGAACAUUACUUUCUGAACAAUGUUAAGACAAGAUUUGCGACCGUGGAUACUUAUGUGUAUGUUUCAGUUCUCUGGAAACUGAAAAUGUAUAAAGUUGGGAAGAAGUCGCUAGCGAAGAUGCAAGAGGAGGUCUUGGAUCUUCUCUAUUAUCAUGAAGAUUUGACCGAGGAGUUUUCCAAACUUUACUAA